AUGUCUAAACUCACCUUGGGCUUAAUUGCUGCUGGUGGUGCAGCCGCGGGAGCAGCAGCGACUGCGGCGCUCUACUCGACGAAGAAGGACAGCCUUCCACCUACGCCAUCAAUCACCACUACCACGACGACUGUAACUGGGCCUGGUCGACCAGCGCCUCUACCCGCCGUCCCCGCCAUCCCCUCACCUGCAGUCGCAGCCGCAGCUCGGAGAGCAAUCGUAGAUCCCAACGGUCUCUUCCAAUAUGGAUUCCCCGGCCCAGUCAACGAUCUCCGCCCUGCCGCCUCCCUCACAUCGUCUUAUGACCGACGAACACGGAACCCAGCAUGGGUUGCCGAGCACAUUACGCCCGAGUCGCUAGCAAACAGCAACGCCGACCGGAAACACAGCGUCUUCGUCGAAGACAUUACAAUCCCAGAGAUGUUCCGCGCAAAGUUGAAGGACUACUUCCGCUCAGGCUAUGACAGAGGGCAUCAGGUCCCUGCUGCCGAUGCUAAAUGGAGCCAAGAAGCCAUGGAUGAUACUUUUGCGUUGAGCAACAUGUGCCCGCAGGUGGGCGAUGGCUUCAACCGCGACUACUGGGCGCAUUUCGAAGACUUCUGCCGCAGGCUCACACACUCGUACCCCUCGGUCCGCAUUGUAACCGGCCCUCUAUACCUCCCCAAGCGCGAAGCCGACGGCAAAUGGCGCGUAUCAUACGAAGUCAUUGGGAACCCACCCAACGUCGCUGUACCCACACACUUCUACAAGGUCAUAUUCGCCGAAGACGGCAAGCUUGGAGGCAAAGUUGCCCUGGGCGCUUUCGUGCUGCCAAAUGAUCGGAUUCCCAACCACAAGCCAUUGACUGACUUUGAAGUGCCGGUUGAGGCGGUCGAGAGGGCGAGUGGACUCGAGUUUGCGACUAAACUGACACCAGAGAGGAGGAAGAGGCUGUGUCAAGAGGUCAACUGCAGUGUUAUUGUGAAAGAGUAUGCGCAGAGGCAAAAGACGUUUGCUAAGAAAUAA